AUGAGCUGCAUGAAUUACGCGCGACGUCUAUCGAAAAACGAAAACAAAGGUCCUUUGGGUGAAAAGGAAUACUUUGAAAAUUCCGAAGAAGAAAAAAGGAAAAUAAUAGAAUUAAUAGAAAAAAUAAAAACAAGUGAAUAUAUUGUUGUACAUGUUGGAGCAGGUAUAUCUACGAGCUCAGGGUUACAGGAUUUUAGGGGGCCAACAGGAAUAUGGACAAAUGAAUUUUUAGCCGAAAGGCAGAAUAAAAAAAAGAGAAAAUUGGAAAAGAAGCAAAUGAUGGAAAUAGAAGAGGUGGUGGAAAAAGAAGCGAUGGAAGUGAAGGAGGAUAAAGAAGCUAAGAAAAACAAUAAUGAUAAUAAUAAUAAUAAUUAUAAUAGCCAAAGCAUUAAGACAAAAAAGAUACGAAAAAGCUCGCAUGGGAGAUACGAACACUCAGAUGAUCUCACAAAACGUAGUUCAACUAACCAAACAGAGGAAUUACCAUUCGAUUUUAUCAAAACAGUAAGGCCAGAAGGCUCUUACCAAGGUGAUAAUAUUGUUAAAGUACAUACAGGUGGUGCAAAGGAAUAUUCAGGAUAUCACACAAAGGAUACAAAAGUAGAAGUGGAACCUUAUUGUAACAACACAGAUUUUAUCCCUAAAACAUCUUUCAAUAAUUGUAAUAAGGAAGUAUAUGAACAUUCAGACAAUGAUUCGAAGGAUGAAAAUGACCAUAAUAGUAACAAGGCACAAAGGAGCGACAAUGAUUUUGGUAUUGACAAAAUAAAAAAUGAAUAUUUUGAUACGAUCCAUUCAUACGGCAGAAGGAGAAAAAAUGAACAAGAAAGAAAAAACAAUCAUGUGCGUAUUAAAAAUGAAAAUCCAACUGUUAAUUUUGACGAGGAAUCCCUAUGGAUAGAUGACAAAAUUAACAGUAGAAAAAACGAGCUGGAUGAUGGAGAGUCAUCGGAGGUAACCAAACAAGGCAUGUCAGAAGAAAAUUAUGUAAUAUUUGGGAAUAGAAAAAAAAAAGUUGUAGACCUACAUUUAGCACUACCAACGAAAACGCAUAUCAUGAUAAAAGAAUUAAUGAACAAGAACAUUAUAAAAUUUUUAAUAACACAAAAUAUUGAUUCAUUACAUUAUAGAUGUGGCACAAAAUUUUCCAAAAUUUCCGAAAUACAUGGAAAUAUAUUUGUUGAAAGAUGUGAUUUUUGUGGUAGAAGAUAUUUAAGAGAUUAUGUUAUAUCAACCAUUAGCUUUAAACCAACAGGUUCUCUAUGUUUUUUAUGUUCUUUUCCUCCAAUAGGUAUAUGUACCGAUGUUCUAUUAGACUGGAAUAAUGCUUAUGAAGAUUUUUUCCAUUUAAAUUCUAUUAAACAUUCUCAAAUGGCUGAUUUUCACUUUUGUCUUGGGUCAAGCUUUUACAUUGUACCAGCUAGCUAUUAUCCAUCAAAAAAAAAAUUCGCAAAUGAAAAAUCUUAUAGUUGUUUAAUUAAUUAUCAGAAAUCUUCCUUAUCCAAGGAAGUUAAUUUAAGUUUACAUUCAAAUGUGAAUAACAUCUCAGAUAUUAUUAUAAAGGAAUUUUCAUUAGAACCACUCUCCAUUAGAACAGCAUUAAUUCUCGUUGUCAGAUGUCAAAUACUUGAUUUUGAUUUGCUUUUUGAUAACCCCAUAACAGUAAAUAAUAUGAGCACAAAUAGUUACUAUCUACAACUCGAUAAGGACGAAGGUGCAACUGAUUCAUCAUGUAAAAAUACCCCAAAGGACCAGUAUCAUUCGAAUAAUGGAGAAAACUACUUCCAUAAGGAAGUGAUUCCAAAUGAAGAGAAAUGUUAUACAACCUCCAAAAAGAAGAGUGACCCUCAGGAGAAUAGAAAUAUUUUCACAUAUUCUAAUUUAACACAUAAUGACGUAGUUGUUGGAGAAAAGAAUACAAAUUCAAAUGUUGAUAAUUUCAGCACGGACUGGAAAAAUGAAGGUAAAAAUAAGAACACAUAUAAAGAGCAAUUAUUUUUAAUAAAAUGCUCCAUGAUAAAAAAUAUAUCAACGGAUGAGCCCUUACAUGAGAUACACAAAUUAUCUGUUAUCAUGAUAGACAAGAAAAAAGGCAUCUGGCUAAUAAGGACAAAUUUCCCAUGCAUAUUAGAAAUAGAAUUGUGGUAUAAUUCCUUUGUUUUGUUAAAGUUAAAUUAUAAUGAACAUUGUCCUUUUGUAGAAUUAAAUGCAUGGAAUGUUGAUGUUGCAUAUACAUAUGGUGACGACAUUGAUGACGUGGAUUACUUGAAUAAUUAUUUCCCCAAUUGUAAAAAUUUUAAUCUACAAAAAAAUAAAUAUGUAGAUAAUAACUACUCACAGAUUCACCUAAUAGAAAAUGAUUCUCAUAUAAAGGAAGAAAUGCAAAGCAUGAAUAAUCAAACUUUUUACACCUUUUCAAAUAGUUACAAUGACUAUGAUAAAACUGUUUUAGAGCAAUCGUUGCACAUUUCAGAAAUAUUACAUGAGCAUGUACAUGUAGGUUAUAACCCAAACAAUUUUAAUCCCAAAUCAAAAGUUGAGCAGCUAGCUAUUUUAACGAACGCAAAUAAAUUUUCUCGUCAAAGAAAUUAUGUACGUUUCGAAUUACCCCAUUCGAUGAAGUUUUUAUAUAAUAUAUUUUGCCUAAUAAAUAAACCAGAAAAAGAAAAAGUGAAAAAUGAACAAGUAACAUUCAAUGAUAAAAUAGACACUCUCAUAAAAAAUUUGCACUUACCGAAAAACAUAAAUUUAUAUACGAGUAAUUUUAUAAACUCAUUUAUACAGAAGGAAAGAAUGGUUUAUCAAAAUCAUUACACUUUUAGGGAAAGAAAAAAAAAAAAAUUAAAUGACUUUAAUUUGUGCUUAUCUUCUGAUGAAAACAAAGAAAAACAAACUUUUAUUUUUUAUGAUUUGUAUAUGCAUGAAAAUAAGGAUAUGUACAAAAUCAAAAUUAAGAAAGACUUAAUACAGAAAAAAAUAUUUGGAUAUUCAAUCCUGAGCAAUUAUACAGAAAAAGGUGACAUACAAAGUUACAUCAGCAAUUCUCCAACAAAAAAUAAUAGAACAGAAAGGAACAAGUCAAAUGAAAAUGAUUCUGUAAGGUUCAUCGAAACAGGAAUAGAAAACAUAGAUGACAAGAAUUAUUUAACAAAUUCAUAUGUAAAUAAUCGAAAAUUUUAUGACACUCACGAAAAAUUGUAUAAUUAUAACAUUCACAGUGAUCAAAUCUCUCGAAAUGUAGAAAAUGAAUCCAAAUUGAACAACAGCCCAAAAAACAAUCAAGAAAAUUGUCCAAUGGAAAAGACAGUAAUGGAUUACAACGUGAACGAAAAUGCACUCAUAAGUAAUAGUUUAAAUACAAAUGAUUCUAAAUUAAAGGUCUCCAAAUCAGAUAAAGAAUGGGACGAUGAAGUAAUGGAAGAAGGAAAUUAUCCAAGUAUUGCAAAAAAGAAGCCAGAAUUUUAUGACCAACAAAAUUCUGAACUUUUAUUUAACCCAAAUAUAUUAAUAAAUAGUAAAUACAAACUUGGUGAAUUGGUAUCCAAAAUACCAAAAUAUAUUAAGCCACAAAAAAUAUAUACGCCUUAUAGAAAACUCAGUAGGGAUAAAAAAAAUUCCAACACACUUCAGAAAUGUAGAAGUGAAAUAUGGGAGGAAAAAUACACUGAAUUCAUAUGUGAUAUGAAGCAUGAGCAUGUUCUUGAUUCUGCUUUAUUCCGUGAGGUGUGUUACUUCCCACUUUGGCUUUUGAGUUAUGUGAAUGAUUUGUUCGAAUGCUUGUAA